UCUCUCAUUAUGGAGCGUUGGAACGGUCGUGUAGCUGUCGUCACCGGAGCAAGUUCUGGUAUUGGAGCGGCGAUCGCAAAGGAUCUCGCCAAAGCCGGUAUGAUUACCAUUGGCCUAGCCCGUCGUGUUGAACGCGUUGAAGGACUACGAAAGGAUCUGCCGGAAGACGCGGCCAAAAGGCUGCACGCCAUCAAGUGUGAUGUGUCGAACGAAGCGGACAUAGAGACUGUUUUCAAGACAAUCGAGGAAAAGUUCGGUGGAUGUGAUGUGCUGGUUAACAACGCCGGAAUAGUGCGUAUGGUAAAUUUACUGGAUGUGGGAAACUCAUCCGAUAUCAAAGCUGUGUUGAAUACCAAUGUCACCGGUUUGGUGCUAUGCAGUCAGCGGGCGUAUCAAUCGAUGGUCAAACGGUCAGUUGAUGGACACAUCGUUAAUAUUAGCAGCAUCGUUGCCCACCAGGUACCUGGUCACCCGAAAUUAAACGUGUAUCCUGCUUCCAAACACGCCGUCAAGGCCAUUACGGAGACGAUGCGCCAGGAGAUGAGAGAUGCUGGAAGGAAGAUCAAAGUUACGAGCGUCAGUCCCGGCGGUGUUAGAACGGAAAUCUUAGAAGGAGUUGGAUUACCUAAGGAUAUGCCCAUUCUAGAACCGCACGAUAUUUCCGAGGCUGUCCUAUAUACACUCAGUACACCACCACGUGUACAAGUGCACGAAAUCAUCAUCAAGCCGGUCGGAGAAAGGAUUUAAAAGUGUGUUGUUGAGCCUAGUUCGUGAUGAGCAUAAAU